UACUUUAAGUACAUUUUAUACCUACAUCCUUUUACUUAAGUAAAGGAUCUGAAUACUGGUUGAGGUUAGAAUGGGGGGUUUUCGGACACCAUAAAUCCAGUUCCCAGAUUUCCGACAGCAUUGAAAGCAGCAUUAGCUGCUGCAGUGUUGCGGUCAGCAGACAGACAGGCAGGCAGGCAGACAGACAGGCAGGCAGACAUCACGGACAAGCCUCACGGUGCAGAACAGCUCGGUGCUCUCGUUUCUUUCAUUUGAUUGAUUAGCGGUAAUUAUGGCCGGUAUGAACACGGAGGAGACCAACGUGGAGCUGAAGGAUGCGGAGACCAGAGAUGCUGAGCCGAAGGAUGCGGCGGAUGCUGCUGCGGAUGCUGACGCGACGGAGGCCGACGUGAGUGAAGCGGAUCUGGACCAGGAGGAGCAGGAGAAGCAGCCGAUGACCGGAGGAGGAGGAGGAGGUGGUGGAGGAGACCGGGCUGAGGACGCCUCGUCUGCCGGCGGAGAGGCGGCGGCGGCGGCGGCGGAGAAAAACGGCUCCGUGAAGCUGAAGAUCCCCGAGGAGGCGGAGGAGGUGAAAUUCACCGGGCUGACCAAGGAAGAGCUGCUGAGGGUGGCCGGGACCCCCGGCUGGGUGCGGACCCGCUGGGCGCUGCUGGUGGUGUUCUGGCUCGGCUGGUUGGGGAUGUUGGGUGGAGCCGUCCUCAUCAUCCUGCAGGCUCCUCGCUGCAGAGAUCUGCCCGCCACCAACUGGUGGAACGACGGCCCGCUGUACCAGAUCGGAAACAUCCAGGCUUUCACCGACAGCCGCAACCUGAAGGGCCUGGAGCAGAAGAUCGGCAGCCUGUUUCAGCUGAAGGUUAAAGGUCUGGUGGUCGGACCGAUCCACGUCGCCCCGGCAGACGAAGCCAUGAGCCUGAGGUUCGAGGAGAUUUCCCCCGAGGCCGGAAACCUGGAGCAGUUUAAAGGCCUCGUCCGGGCCGCUCAUAAGAAGGGUAUUUCUGUGGUUCUGGAUCUGACUCCAAACUACCAGGGAUCAUCUGGACCCUGGUUCUCCAACAUCAGCGUGACCAACGUAGCUGAGAGACUGAAGUCUGCUCUGGUGUUCUGGCUGAACGAAGGCGUGGAUGGCGUGCAGUUGUCGGGGGUGGAGCGGGUGGCCAGCGUGGUGCCGUCUCUGUGGACCGACAUCCGAGCCAUCGUCCAGAACGGGACGGACGAGCAUCCCAACAAGAGAGUCCUGAUCGGCGUCACAGACCGCUCCUCGGCUAACGACGUGUCCGACCUCCUCUCCUCUACCGGCGUCGACCUGCUGAUCUCCAGGGUCCUCCGCCCCGCCGCGGAGCACGCUCAGGCCGUCCAGCUCCUGUAUUCGUCCCACAUCCAGACCAAGCUGGCCUGGAGCCUGGGGGGGCGGACCGAGGGUCACCUGGCGUCGCUGGUGGGCCCGGCUCUGGUCAAACUGCACCAGCUGCUGCUGCUCACGCUGCCCGGGACGCCCGUCUUCAACUACGGAGACGAGAUCGGCCUGAUGGACGAGGGCACCAAGUUUCCCAGAAUGCUUUGGGACUCUGAUGAGGCGCUGAAUGGGACUCUGCAGGAGGAGAGGGCGGAGCGUCUGUCCUGUCGCAGUUUUUUCCGCAGUCUGAGCGAGCUUCGUGCUAAAGAGCGCUCCCUGCUGUUCGGAGACUUCCUCCUCCUCUCUAACUCCUCCUCCUCCCUGGCGUACCUGCGGGUCUGGGAUCAGAGCGAGCGUUACCUGGCCGCCUUCAACUGGGCGGAGGAGGCGGCGGCGCUGCAGCUGAGCGACGCGGCGCUGCCUCGGCGGGCUGCGGUCGUCCUCAGCACCAACAGCAGCUCCCUGCCUGCAGACAGCAGCGUGGACCUGACGAACCUGCAGCUCGGCCCCGGACAGGCCGCGCUCCUCAGGUUUCCCUACGCUGGAUAGAGUUUAGAUUCGGUGUCGUCUGUUAUCAGCUGUUAUCUCCAGAAAACACGAUGAUUAAAGCCUCAUUCAGACAUCACAGGGGGAGGCGGGGAAUGACAUCUUCACUGAGCUCGUCGGUAAUUUAGCUCAUCGUUCUGGACUCAUUUGAACCCUGGUGAAAUGAAGACCUGGUCUGUUAUAGACGUGGACAUUCAGCAGUCAGAAAUCGCGCUCCCUCUCAGUCAUACCUGAACAUAGACAUGAACCAAAAGAAACCUCCCGAGGAUAUCGUUAUCUCUGAUGUCCGUCCAGAACAAAGAGAACAGCAGCACCGACCUGCAGCUGACAUCACCACAGACCAUCUGAUGUUACGGGGUCUCGCCCCCCCUGACGGCUGUAAUGUGUCCUGUCGUCGAUAUUAGCAUGUUAGCAUCUAUCAGAUUAGCAACAACAUUUUCCCUCCAUUUUCACAAAAGUCACAUUUCAGCUGAAAAUAUGCAGCAGAAGGAAAAAAACUAGGACGGGGUUUAAACGACCGGAGGAGCGGCCAGUUCAGACAACCAGGAGCUCAUUGUAGUUGCAAUCAUAACCGGGGGGGGGCAAAUAACGAGACUGAAACCUCCCUUACAGACAGUCUGAGUGGGGCGUUAUUCAAACGAUCUGGUUACACUGUUAAUAAAUGUUUUACGGUCUUCACUCACAUUUAUUGUGUUGAAUAUAAACCUGAUGUGACACCUGCUCUCUCUCUCUACUCUGCAUUCUGAAAACAAAAUAAAAAUAAAAACUAAGGAAAAGCAA